AUGCACUCCCUCCCCACCUCGACCGAGACGCUCACGCUCCACCUCGCCAUCCUGAUCUGCGAGGUCCUGCCCCCGCCGGUCUCCCGCCUCCGCGGUCCGUUCGACCAGAUCUUCCAGAAUUUCUUUGACCGGGGCGCGAAACGGCUCCUGGAGAGAGCUAGGCACGGCGACGAAGUAUCGCCCGCACUGGAAGGGCAGAUCAAGGUGAGGACGACGCCGUAUAACGCGACGGCCGGUCAGUUGCCGGACGCGGAGGCGCUGGAGGGGCUCGAUGCGUUGGUCGUGACAGGGAGUUCGGCCGGGGCGUAUGAGGAUAUCGAGUGGGUGAAGAAGCUGGGGGGGUUCUUGCAGCACACAUACCAGCACCACCCCAAGGUGAAGAUCUUCGGCACCUGCUUCGGCCACCAGAUCAUCAACCAGUCACUCUUCGCCCACACGGGCGGGCUGCACGUCAUCAAGAACCCACGAGGCUGGGAGCUGGGCGUGUACGAGAUCGCCAUCAACCCCGACUUCGCGAGCUGCUUCCCGCGCCAGCUCAAGUCCUUGCCCCGGUCGUCGGGCGCGAUCCAGCUCCAGCUGUCGCACCAGGACACGGUCGUCGUCACGCAGCCCGCGCGGCUCCCCCCGGAGUGCGUCGAGGUCGGCGCCACGGCCCUCUGCGGCAUGCAGGGCAUGUACGUGCCCGACCGGGUCUUGACGCUGCAGGCCCACCCGGAGUUUGAUCGCGAGGUCAACGGCGCGUGCAUCCGCGAGAUCGUCGGCAGCGACUGGCCCGUCGAGGAGACGAGGGAGUAUCUCCGUCUGACGGACAGGGACGACGACGCCGCGCUGAUGGAGGAGGUGGUCAUGGAGUUCUUGCUCCAGGGCUCGAAGCCUUAG